CACAUCCCUGCACCGGACUCCUGAUGGAGAGCUGCCCGCUGCGCGCCCGGUGAUGGAGCUGCCCGUAUGGCCAAGGCUAAGAGCAGCGGCGGCGGGACCGGAGGGGGGCGCGGGGAGCUGUCCCUGGAGGAGGUGCUGAAGUCCUACGAGCAGCCCAUCAAUGAGGAGCAGGCGUGGGCCGUGUGCUACCAGUGUGCCCGGGGGCUGGCCGGCGGCUCCCCGCGGACCAGGAUACGGGACCCGGCCUCCCUGCUGCUUCACCGGGACGGGACAGUCACCGUGGUGCCGGAGAGCCCCGCCGGGACUACCGGGAAUGCCCCCCUUUCAUCACUCACGGAGACACAGCAGAUGGUGCAAUGUCUGGGCUUUGCCAUCUACCGGGCACUGGACUGGGGGCUGGAUGAGAGUGAGGAGAGAAUGCUCAGCCCCGAAUUGGAGCAGCUCAUCGAACUCAUGGCUGCCAGCGACUCCGAGGGCGUCCUGACAGACGAGGGCUAUGAAGGAACAGAGGAUGAAGAUGAAGAAGGUCCUCCAAAAGUGGUGCGGAGUCUGUCAGCAGUCCUGCGCUUCUGUGCGUCCCGUCUGCCCGAGCCCCGGGAGGCGCCAGUCCACUACCAGGCGGUAUGCAGAGCCCUGUUUGCAGAGACUUUAGAACUUCAAGCUUUUCUCCAAAAAAUACGGGAAGCCAAAGAGAUGCUGAUGAAGAUGACGGUGGAGAAGGAAGAACCGGACGGACUUGGGAACCUGCAGAACACAGAUUGGGCGCGUCUGUGGGUGCAGCUGAUGAGAGAUCUGCGACAUGGGGUACAGCUGAAGAAGGUGCGGGAGAAGACGUUUAACUCUUUGCCCACCGAGUACCAGCUCACUCCAUUUGAGAUGCUUAUGGAGGACAUCAGGUCACGAAAUUACAAACUGCGCAAGGUCAUGGUCGGAGGAGACAUUACUUCCAAGGUGAAGAAAGACGCACACGAAUUAAUCCUGGACUUCAUCAGAUCUCGUCCUCCUCUGAAGCCGGCUUCCAAGCGGACUCUUCCCCCGUUGCCCCUCAGACAGAGAAGUCUCCACGAGAAGAUUCUGGAGGAGAUUAGGCAGGAACCGAAACUGCGUCCUGUGCAGACGGAGAGGCGAGGACAGAAAGGCUUCGGCUCGCUCCCUUGUAUUGUGGAUGCCUAUUCUGCCGAUAUGAAGUCAACAUCUUGUAUUAACCUCUCCGUUCCGGAAACUGCGGCACCGCGGGCACGUCCCCGUAUCCUGCUCAAGGCCCCCACGCUGGCAGAGAUGGAAGAGAUGAAUCUGUCUGAGGACGAUGACUCCCCCGGUUCUGAGCUGCGGCGGGUGACGAGUGCUCCAUUGCCUCUGAAACGCGACCGCUCGUUCUCCGAGCAGGACCUGGCACAGUUACAGACGGAGAUGGGACACAGGCCGCUGAGAGAGGAACUACAAAGACCAGAGCCCCGGGCUCGAUCGGGCAGCAUGAACACCCCGCACAGACCUCUGCAUCGGACUCUGACGGGUUACUCGGCCUAUGCCGGCUCUGGAUCCCCUUCACCCAGCCGCAGCUCCCUCAGCUCAGUGCAGGAGAGGACAGAACCGGAGUCCCCCUCCGACAGCAGCUCUAGACACCAAUGGCUGGAGUUCAGUCACCCGGUGGACACGCUGGCGCUAACAGUAGAGGAGGUUAUAAACGUGCGCAGGGUGCUGGUGAAGGCCGAGAUGGAGAAGUUCCUGCCGAGCAAAGAGCUGUACACCAACCUAAAGAAAGGAAAGGUUUGCUGCUGUUGCCGGACGAAAUUCCCUUUGUUCUCUUGGCCUGCCAAUUGCCUGUUCUGUAAGAGGUCCACUUGUGGCUCCUGUAGCGUUAAGAUGAAGCUUCCAGCCAAGAAGUUUGGGCACAUUCCCGUCUACAGUGUGGGGUUUGAGAGCCCCCAAGGAAUAAUCGGCACGCAUGGACACGCUCACAAAAAGCGGGACGCCUUCCAGUCCUGCAGCGGCCUGUCCUUGAAGAAUGUAGAGAGUCAGUUCCCCCACAUCUACGCUCAGGGUUCCGCUCUGAAGGAGGUGUGUUCGGACUGCGCCAGCUUCAUCCGCGAUGUGGUCUGCUCCAGCCGAAAAAGCGUGGACAUCCUAAACGCCAGAACGGGGUCCUCUCGUCCCCAAUACAGGACAGUCAAAAAACUGUGAUAAAAUGCAGCCGCACCUUCCGCCCCGUCUCCGCCACUUCCUCGCGCCGACAUAGGGCCCUUUGAGAAGGGGGCAGCAAGCAUUAACCCAUUCCUAUAUAUACAUAUAUACUAUUUAAGCUUCCAUUGAAUGAACCGAUCAGUGUAAACAGAUGCCUUGAGGAGAAGAUCGGAGUCGGGGAAGCCUUGACCUUCUCCAGUGUUGCUAUAGGACCAGUGUUAUGGUAUUGGAGAGAAGGAGGAGGCGGUUGGGUUUAAUUUAUCGUAGCUUUAUAGGCUCUAAGCCUCCAAGGACGGCGCAGGGUCACUGAGAAUCUCUUAGGGUUCCUGAAAACCUGGAGCCGGUAGGUCUGCAGAUCAUACAUCCACCUUACAUUAAACGGCAAGGAAGAAAUCGGUCUCUCUAGCGCCACCUACAGACCUAUUUUACAUACAUUCCUGCAGCAGUCCCAUUUCUGGUAAUGGGGGCAUAUUAGGUAAUUGCUAUGAAAGCUGUUUCCUAAGGUAUUUUGAAUAUGGUCUGCAACCUGUGGCUGACACAGAUUUUGACAUACUGGGACUUGUCGUUUUCCAGCAACUAAAGGGUCAAUGGUUACAGAAAGAGCUUCAGCCAUCAAGGUCAAGAUAAUAGGGGGCCGUAUUGAGAGCACCCAGAUAUUAAAGGCUACGUACACCUUUGGGAGAAUUUCUUUUUAUUGUUGCAUUGUACUCCUUUUGAGCAAAAAAUAGCUUUUUUUUUUUCCCCCAA